GCCGCAGUUAAGAAAAAAAGGCGAAAAUCUGUUUAUUUUCGGAAUAUGUGAUAGAUGUAGCCAAAACAGAAUAAAAUAAUUCCUUUAAGAAUGGCAGAAGAUGGUCUCCCAUCGCAAAAUCAUUCAGAGAAUCAAGAAAACACCGAGGAUUCCGACAAUGAAAUUGGGGAAAGGCCCCAACAAUUAAGGUUGGAUUUAGGUGACGAUUCAUCACAUCCCUUUGAUACCCCAAAUACCACGGCUUCUGGAAGUAGUUUGGAAACUCAAAAAAGAGAUGACAAUCCAUUUUCAUUUAAACAUUUUCUGAGGGAUAUGACAAACUAUCAGAACAAAGGUGCAAGGCCCAAGGUGUACUGUGAAGGUCGUCCUGUCCCAACAGCGCAAGAAAUGGCAGGUGAUAUGAAAAAAAAUCGGGUAGGACCUGAACUUUCUUCAGCCUUGCCAGAUUUUGUUCAGGAUCAUCUGGUCAUCGAACAAUGUUACCUAGGAGGAAGGGGAAGUAACCCCAAUUACAUGUUGGAUAUGAAUUUGCCAGAUUUUACCCCAUCUAGAGAGAAUUUAAGCAGGCAAAUUCACCAUGAAGAUAAUGCUUUAAAUAUACCUUUGGACUUGCCUAGACCUCCUACAGGGUUUCCUUUGGACCUUCCUAUUAACAAUGGACCACCAGAAAACAGAUCAAAUAUACCAGCUGAGGUUGGCAACUCUAAAAGUUUGCCGGAUUUUUUGGCUGAUAGCGCUUUGUGCUGUGAUAAUCCAUUGACUCAAAGUCCUGAAGCAAACCCUCAACCACUGCAAUAUGAAGUGGACAUUUUAGGUAGGCAACUGGCAGCUCAAAUCAAAAUAACAGAUAGUUUGCAAAGGGAACUACAAAUUGCCAAAAACAAAGAAAACGAGUACACACAGAACUUGGCCAAGGCACUAGAACAGGUUGAAGAAAAUUUGGAAAAGAGUAAUAGGAAAGCAGCCACAUCAACAAACACUAUACAAAGGUUAAAACAAGAAAUUAAAUUAUUAAAUAUUCAAAUAAACGAGUUAAAAAGAGAAAAUCAAAGUUUGCGAGGUGAGGAAGCAGCAGGCGGUUAUGAUUAUAAUACCGGUAGUUCAAAUGGCCUACAUAAUCGACGAUUGGCUCAGGAACUACGAACGGCGGCCAGCACAGCAGAACAUUCCUUAAGGCAACUGCUAACAGGGGUAGACAAUUUAAGAAUAAUGGCAGCCUCACUUGAAAACGUGCACAGAAUAGAGGAGCAAAGUGACCCAUUUCUGGAUAAAGACGACUCGGGUCCGGCUCUUUAAACAAAACCCGGUUUAUAUAAUUUUUAUUAGUUGUUUUAAAAAUAAUGUACAUAAUUAAAUUAAUUUAUUGCUGAGACAAAAAUUUUUAUACAUGUGAUUUUAUUUAUAUAAUACUUAGAUUUGGUAUUAACAAGUAUUGUAUACAGCCUCAUUUUUAAAAACUGUUCAGGAUUCCGAUUCACUAAAAUGAAGAAUUUAUUAGAAUUUCCUUGUAAAAAUUGUUCUCUGAAAAACUGGGAAAGUUUUAAUAAGAAAAAUAAGAGUUUUGAA